AUGUUAGUCCUUUUCGAGACCCCCGCCGGCCACGCCCUCUUCAAGGUCCUAGAUGAUGCCGCCCUGCAGGGCUCCGUCACCGACCUCGAGUCCGAGUCCCAGAUCAAGCAGGUCGUCAAGCUUAAGGCCUUUUCCCGCUUCACUGAUACCACAUCCGCCCUUGCUGCCGCGACUGCCCUCGUGGAGAGCAAGCCAUCCAAGGACCUCCGCAAAUUUCUAAAGAAGCAGGUCUCCGCCGGCGAGAAGAUCGCCGUCGGUGACGCAAAGCUGGGUGCCGCCAUCAAGGACAAGACACAACUGCAAUGCGUUUAUUCCCAGCACGUAUCCGAUUUGCUUCGCGCCAUUCGUUGCAACUUGGAGACCCUGCUGGACGGCGAGGCCGGCGCCGGUGAGGAGGCUUCACGGAAGGCCAUGGUUCUCGGCCUCGCCCAUUCUCUCAGUCGAUACAAGCUCAAGUUUUCCCCCGACAAAGUCGAUACCAUGAUCGUCCAAGCGAUCAGUCUCUUGGACGAACUGGACAAGGAGAUCAACAUCUACGCGAUGCGUCUUCGCGAGUGGUACGGCUGGCAUUUCCCGGAGAUGGGGAAGAUCGUCACCGAGAAUGCAGCCUACGCUCAUACCGUGGACAAGAUGGGCAUGCGCAACCUCGCCGCCGAUCUCGACUUCAGUGACGUUUUGCUCGAGGAGACCGAAGAGGAGCUCAAGCACGCCGCCCAGAUCUCCAUGGGCACGGAGAUUAGCGAGGAGGAUGUCACCAACAUUCGUGCGCUUUGUGCGCAAGUCAUCUCUCUGACCGAAUAUCGUGCUACGCUUUUCGAGUAUCUGCGCAAUCGCAUGGUCGCUAUCGCGCCGAACCUCACAGCCAUGGUCGGUGAGCUGGUCGGUGCGCGCCUCAUUUCGCACGCGGGCUCUUUGUUGUCGCUUGCGAAAUAUCCGGCGUCGACAGUGCAGAUCUUGGGAGCGGAGAAAGCACUUUUCCGCGCCCUGAAGACCAAGCACGCAACGCCCAAGUAUGGGCUUAUCUAUCACGCGUCCCUUGUCGGACAAGCAGCGCCGAAGCACAAGGGUAAGAUUUCACGAUCCCUCGCAGCGAAAGCGGCACUUGCGAUCCGUGUUGACGCGCUCGGAGAGGCUGGAGAGGAUUCUACAGUUGGGGAGCAAGGGCGCAGGGCCAUCGAAGCACGCCUUUGCCAGCUUGAGGGCAAGACGGACUUUGCUGUCUCGAGACUGGGUCGCUCGGCAGACAAAACGGCAAAGUACAAGGCCGGGAAUGGCGCAGGGACAGGAUACAAUGCGAGUGGGGAUAUAAUGAUGAAGGAAGAGACCGCACCAUCACCGAAGGUUGUGAAGGCCAGCAUCGAGAACGGUGAUGCGGAGGAUGACGAGAUGAAGGUUGUGAAAGAGAAUGAAACGGAGAGCUCGAAGAAGAAAAAGAAGAAGAAGAAGGAUAAGCGAAGAAGCGAAAAUGGCACGGUAGAGAAUGAAGGAAAGGGUGAGAACGAAGCGGUGGUGAACGAGGAAGAUGGUGAUGUGAAAUUGGAGACACCCAAAUCGAAGAAGAAGAAGAAGGACAGGGGGUCAAAAUCGAGUGAGAAGAAGGACAAAAGCUCAAAGUCCAGUGAGAAAAAGGAAAAGAAGAAGAGAAAGCGAGAUGCAGAGGAAGCCGAGGCUACUGCGGAUGAUUCGUCACACAAGAAGAAGAAGAAGAAAAGUAAGUCGAAAGAAUAAACGAGGGCACAAGUCGAGUAGGACGUGAUAGGGGGCCGUGUAAAAAAUAACAUGUUGGGAAA